CCUUUGUAGUGUGUGUGUUAGUGUGUGAGGGGUACUUUAACUAAGGAACAUAAGCGAGGACAUACUGUAUAAACCUACAGUAUGAGCAGAACCACCUUCUUUGAGCGGAACAUCAGAAGAACUCGGAACUUCGGAAGAAUCACUGUGGAGGUUCUGGAUGGCAGGACCAGGCAACAGCUGUGUCUUCUAGAUAAGGUGGAGCCCCACGUUACAAUAGGAGAAAUCAAGAGACUUUUUCACAAGUCAUAUCAACAGUUGUAUCCAGCCAGACAGGACCUCAAGCUCGACCCCAAAGGAAAAUCACUUAAGGAUGACGAUGUAUUACAAAACCUACCCGUUGGGACCACAGCAACCAUGUAUUUUAGGGACCUGGGUCCACAGAUCGGGUGGACAAUGGUGUUUUUAGCGGAGUACAUUGGCCCCCUGUUUAUUUACCUCCUGUUCUAUUUCCGAGUUCCCCAUAUCUACUCACAGCAGGAUGCCUUCACCUCCAGCUCCAACUCAGUGGUCACACUAGCCUGUGCCUGCCACACCUGCCACUACAUCAAGAGAUUGAUUGAGACCAUCUUUGUGCACCGGUUCUCCCAUGGCACCAUGCCUCUCAGGACUAUAAUCAGGAACUGUGUGUAUUAUUGGACCUUCUCUGCAUGGUUGGCCUUCUACAUCAACCAUCCGCUGUACACGCCUCCGUGUAAGUCCUCUAUCAUUCAGACCGACCACUCAGUGCCUCAACAAGACUUACAGUCCCUCCUCAACUCUUUAUACGCAGCGUAUGGGGACAUGCAGGUGAACUACGCACUGGCUAUAUUUGUGCUCUGUGAGGCUGGUAAUUUCUCCAUUCACGUGACCCUCAACAACCUCAAGGCAGAAGGUGGGCCCAAGUGCAGAAAGUUCCCUCGCCCGACGAAGAACCCAUUCACAUGGCUCUUCUUCCUCGUGUCUUGCCCCAAUUAUACCUACGAGGUAGGAGCUUGGGCAAGUUUCUCUGUCAUGACCCAGUGUCUUCCAGUGGCCUUGUUCACCUUCUUUGGUUUGAUCCAGAUGACCAUCUGGGCCAAUGGGAAGCAUAAAGCCUACACCAGGGAGUUCAAGGACUACCCACACCUACGCAUGCCAAUUAUCCCACUCCUCCUCUGACCACACGAGAAAACGUUUACCAUUCUGACUGAGGAGUAUUAGAGGCAUCAACCUGCCUGAAACGCUGUUGGAGAUUGAUGGGUUACUGUAUUUCUCACAAAGCACCAAGACCCCAUUGGCUGUUCCUUCAUCUAGCGUCAUGGCAUCUGGUCUGUUAUCUUUUCAACAACUAUCAAGGACAGAAUUCACAGAAAGGAUUGUGUAUUGAUUAUGUUUAAUUCAAUCUUUGAGACGCAGCUAUAACGAUAAGUUAUUUAUAUGAUUUAUUUAACCGAUCAGGAUGAUUGAUUGACUGUUACGAUGCAGCUACUGAAGAAAUCAGAUGCUGUUGGCAUUCUUCUUCUUCAGAAGGUGGAAAUCAUCCGAAAUUAUGAAUUUAGAAAUAUAUACGAUUGGUGUUAGAGUGUAUAUAAUCUACCAUAUUAUUUUGUAAUAAGUUAUUGUGCAUUUCCUAGAAGAAACUUGUUUGUAACUUGUUACGAUAUACCUGUUUAGGAAGUCCUCUUGGAACAACAUUUGUUACGGCUGAAGUGUAACAGCGUUAUUUUCAGUUUACAGAGUAAGUAGAGAAGGGGAAAUGGAAUGUGUUGACUAAGAAGUGAUCUAGAAGCAGAGAAACGGAACUUUAGCAGAUGUUCUAAGUUCUCAAAUUGAUUAUUUUUCACCUCUACAAUGAAGCCGCAUAUGUUUGAAAGUAACAAAAACGACCUGAUGAUUUUAACUUUGGGAGAAAGUUGAGGCUAAUUUAGUUAUGCAUUACUUAUCUAUCGUUCAAACUAACUACAAUCUGUCAAAUUCUCAGGUGUUACUAGAUGUAAGCGGUACUGUUGCAUCCUGUACAAAUUCUAGACAAACUCAUUUUUAGACAAACUUGUUUUGUAUACAAAGUGUACAUAUGAAAUAAAUAAUUGUGAUCAUUUAAAAGACACUUAGUCUUAUCUAAAAGA